AUAGUAUUAAGAAGGAUUGCCUCAGCAUAUCUGACCUUCAGAAGGUAGCUAUGAUUCAAUUUGUAGUUAGUUUGUUAGUUGGUCAUGAAUUGAUUGAUGUAUUUGGAAUUUUUUAAAUUAUAAGAUAAUGAUUUACUGUGAAACUGGUGUUGCAGCCUGCACAAAUAGUAGUAUCGGUUGAGGUUCAGAUUGGGUCUGAAAAGGAAACCAAUGACCAUGCUGAUAAUGAUAAUUGAGGUAUGAUUCUGGUCAAGUUUUCAGAUUCAUUCUCUCUAGUUCAACUUAUGUGUAUGUUGUAUCUAUUAGUAGCUAAUUAUGAUUAGGAGAUGGUUUUAUUCCAUUUCUACUUUUGCUCAUAUUGCUUUUUGUGUUGAAUUGUGUCAUUUACCUAAAUACAAUGGGAUGAUUCAUUAAUCUAUUUUUUUUUACUUUGGACCCAUGAAAUUUCAAUGUUAUUAUUUGUUCUUUGAGAAGCAUGGGGCAGGGCGGGUCUGACCCGCCCCGUACAAGGCAGGGCAUGGGUCAGACGAGCAUUACUCGUGGCAGGUCGUGGGGCAGGUCGGGGCGAAAAAGCAAAUGGGCAGGGCAGGUCCGGAUAGUGCACUACCCGACCUGUUCUGGACCCAUUGCCAUUCCUAGUUGGAAAUAAGGCAUUAUAGUUUCACAGAGAAAAUACUGCCUUGAUGUUAUUGCUGAAUCAGGAUUUGGAGAUUGCCAACCUGCAGCAACUCCAAUCUUUGUCAAGGAAGAUUUGUCUUCAGAAGGUGGUACACCACUUGAAGACAUUAGUGAAUACAGGCACCUAGUGGGACAAUCUUAACCACCACUAGGCCUGAUAUCACCUUUGCAAGUUCAGCAGCUUUGCCAAUUCCAGGACAAACCUACCACACAACAUCUUAGAGCUUUACAUAGAGUUCUAAGAUAUUUAAAAGGUUCACCUGAACAGGGUCUGUUAUACUCUUGUGAUUCCAAUUUACAAUUAAAGGGAUACAGUGAUAUUGAUUGGGGUACUUGCCCUGACUCAUGAAGGUCGAUUACAGGAUAUUGCACCUUUCUUGGAACUGGUUUACUAAGCUGGAAGAGUAAGAAACAAACAACUAUAUCUCGUUCCUCAUCAGGAGCAGAGUAUAGGGCAUUGGCAAGUCUGAGUUGUGAGGUGCAGUGGCUAAUAAGGUUGCUCACAGAGUUUGGAAUCGAGCAUGACAAUUCUGUCUCAGUAUACUUUGAUAAUCAAUCUGCAUUAACCAUUGCAAACAAUUCAGUGUUUCACGAGAGGACAAAACACAUCGAGGUGGAUUGUCAUGUCAUAAGGGAAAGGGUUCAAUCAGGGAUGAUCUCUUUACAUUACAUUCCCAUUGAGUUACAGCUAGCAGAUAUUUUCACCAAAAGUUUACCAAUUGAUCGUUUCAUUAUGUUGUUAUUCAAGCUAGGAGUAUAUAACCUAUACUCGCCAGUUUGUGGGAGGGUGAAAAGGAGCGUGGAUGAUGAAGAUGAAGAUGCUCCUGAGCUGGUUGCUGACCAUGGAAAAGAUGUUGCUAAUCUGGAAGGAAGAAUGACAAAAGCAGAGAAGAAUGAUGAUGAUGUGGUCAUUGACAAAAAGAGAAGCAACGCACCAUUUUGUAUGCAACGACAGCCUUCAAAUUUUACUGUGUAAUUAAAGAAGUGUACAGAGUUGAUAGGCUAGUUAGAAGGUUAGUUUAACGGCUAAUUGUAAAUGUUAGUUUACAAGAUGUAUAUAAGCUUCUCUCAUUGGAAAAGCUUGAUUUUCCCCAAUUUGUUUUUCUGGCAAAUUCCUCUCAAUCUCUAAAUCUUCUCAUAGAUAUCGCUUUGUCGCGUUGAGACGUGGAUGUGGAGUGGGGUGGAGACCUGCACCACAAGGUUGGGUCACUGUGAAUUCUAAUGGCUCGUUCUUACCAUCAAACCGGCAAACAGCUGCCAAAUAGUGGUGCAUGAUAGGCAUAGUCACUUAUCAGCCUACACCAUCAUUUUGGUAAGUUUUUCUAUCACUCACGCGGAUUUCGGAAGGGGCCAAUGAGGAUAACCUUGCAGAUGGAUUCAAAAACAACAUUAUCCAUCAUGCAAGUGACGUUGAUCCGUUACAUCAGCAUACGAGUUUAGUCUCUCUCACGUGUUCGGGGAGAGGAAUAGCCUAGUCGAUUGUUUGGCCCAUUUCUGUCACUUUUGGCACUCAUUCUAAGCAAGACCAUUAGAUGCUAUUGGUUGUAGGGGUGGCUAUACGGUCUGGUCCGGUUAAAUUGGCCCGAAUUGAUCUGGUCCAGGCCCGGUCUUUUCGAGAAUAUAAGGAUCAAAGAUUG